AAUCAACAUCUCCAAUAACAAUAUAUACACCUUGAAUUAAACUCCCUUUUGCUAUAGCCUAUAACCAUGACUCUCUCUAAGCUUCUAGUUGCUUCCCUUCUUGCAUCGCUUCUCCUUCUUCAUCUUGUUGAUGCAAACGACCAACCGGCAAACGCACAAAUACAGGGUUCUCUGCUUCAGCAAAUGGAUUGUAAUGGAGCAUGUUCUGCGAGGUGCCGUUUAUCAUCGCGUCCAAGGCUUUGCCAAAGAGCAUGUGGAACUUGUUGUAGACGCUGCAAUUGUGUACCACCGGGCACUGCUGGUAACCAAGAAGUGUGUCCCUGCUAUGCCAGUUUGACUACCCGUGGUGGCAAACGCAAGUGCCCUUAGACCUUCAAGCUCUAUAAAUAUUAAAUACCACCAUCUCAUGCAUUACAUUAUGUUAUAAAUAAAUAAUAACCUUAAUUGGUUCGCAAUCACUCGCAUAGCAUGUUGGUCGAUGUGCUCUCAAGGUUAUCGUCCCGUUUUCAAUACGUGUUGAAUCGCCGAGUUUUGAUUUUGAUGUAUAUUUACAAAAUUAUUUAUUGUAUUCUGAAUUUGUGAUUCUGUUCGCUUUUGUUGUUUAUUGACCUUCCUUCUACUGGUGCACCAUUUAUGAUUAAUAAGAGUUUAUUGUUUAAUAUUU